UUUUUUGUUUUAAUACCGUAAACAUCGGAGUUAGACGUCGAGUGAAGCAAAACCGCCCUCAUAGUUGUUGUUUAAUUUCUUGGCCUUUGACAUGUUGGAUGUUCGAAUAUCAUUUUAUCUUAUAAUUAACAAUAUCUGUUCACAGUUUACAGUAAAAACAACGUGAAUCAAGAUUAUUGUAUUAUCUCGACGCGAUUCAUUUAAUGCCGAGUUAUAAAGGUUUAACCCCCCCUUUUUGGAACUGACUUUUAUUUUAAGCGCAUGUUGGGACCUGACUUUCAAAUGACAAACAGCUAUUUCCUAUGUUUAAGGGUUUGACACGAAAUACCUACCUAUAUUUAAUAAAGUUGAUACAUAUACUUCAAUAUUAUAGUUGUAUGGCAUGUUAUGAAGUGCAAUAUACAUAAAAGCGUUAUCUUAAUAACGUUACAUGAUGUAGAGUUACAAUAAUGCUCUACGAAAAACCUGUCGACAAACUGAAUCAAUUCCCCUAUUUACAAGAGGAUGGAUUGUGGGGUUUCUAAUAUACGUGAUACCAGUAAUAGAAUGUUAAUAAGCCCCUUUCAAUAACAGUUCAAUAGUUUUAUGUAUUGUAUGACGUUUCGACCUUAUUGUGAUAUGAACUUUCGUUUAAUUAUCCUCGUUAUCGUCUUUUCAGAUGAUGCAUGUCUCAGAGGGCGAUAAUGAGUGCAUCUUUCGUUGCAGUAUAUGUAAUAAGGAGUUUACAAAUAGAGGAUUACUUAUAUACCAAUCCCCAUCCAUCGACCACUCAAAAUGACGGAGCAGCUUAAAAGAAAAUUUCUGGACCAGUUAGAAUUCUGGAUUGGCACGGGACCCAAGAUCUUCACCCUGCUUUACAAAAUAACCAGAGACGGGUGUAACGCUACAACAUUUCACCAGAAGUGUGACAACCAGGGACCAACUGUGACGGUGCUAUACAACCCACAGGGCUCAGUGUAUGGGGGAUAUGGGAGUGCCAGUUGGCAUAGCACGGGCGCAAACAUUCAAGACGGAAAUGCAUUUCUGUUUCAACUGAAGUUUUCGGGGUCAGAAAAGUUCACGAAAUUUCCAGUAGUCAAUGGUGCCUAUGGUUUGUCUGGUCAUGCUACUUAUGGUCCGAACUUUGGCGGGGGGGUUGAUUUUACAACCUUUAACGGGACAAUUAAUCAUACGGGAGGAGUAUUUACACUAAAUGGACAAAUGAAGAUUGGAACCUAUUUCAAUAACAUAGGUCUAACUUCUGAUCAGAUCAACAACGGAACAAAGGCUGUGACAGAGAUGGAGGUCUACCGUGUUAUAGAUGGAGAAAUGGACAUCAUUCAUUGGCGAAAGACACCUGAAUGGAAUGAAAAGUUCCUAGAGACGCUCAUGGAAGACAUUGUGGCAUUCAAGCCUCCACGAGAGAUGGGUCUGUCAGAGGUCCGGGUUCUGAUGUUGGGUCCUGUGGGGUCGGGAAAGUCAAGCUUCUACAACACGGUCAACUCCGUCUUCAAGGGCCGCAUAUCACAGAGAGCUCGGAGCGGAAAAGCUGUCCAUAGUAUCACCACUGUGUACACGCCCCACGUUACAAAAAGUCGGUCUGGAGCGGCGCUUAACUUCCGACUCUGCGACACUCGAGGUUUGGAGGUCACCCAGGGCUUAAACAUUCUCGAAUGCAACUAUCUGCUUGAUGGUCACGUGCCCGAUUACUACGAGUUCAACCCAGCUCUGCCCAUUUCAUCGGAAACUCAUGGGUUUGUACAUCAGCCGUCUUUUUCGGACAAGAUUCACUGUGUCGUGUUUGUUGUGGACUCGUCCAGCAUUGAAGACAUCCCACCAAAACUCGUGGAGAAAAUUAUCAGCGUUCAGGAAAUAAUUAAUCACAAAGGGAUUCCACAAGUUGUUCUGCUGAACAAGAUUGAUCUGGCAUGCAGAAAAGUGUCCGCUAGUGUGGGAAAUGUGUUUAAAAGUGCAAGCAUCCAAGAGGCUGUCGAAAAAGUAUCCACAAUGUUUGGUCUACAGUUUAACAACAUCUUCCCGGUAAAGAACUACGUUUCUGAAAUGGAGUUGGAAGCAGACACGAGCAUCCUUGCCCUGCUUGCUCUUAGGCAGAUUCUGUACCUGACAGAGGAUUACAUGGAAGGACUGCAAGAAAAGAUGAAGCGAGUAAAGGUGUCGGCUGUUAAGUUUAAGCAGUCAUCGGAGAAAGCCACCGACAAAGAGUAGUUAUAUAACUUCGUUCACAAAUAGAAGGUUCAACAUGUGCAUAAUAUGUAUGCUUUUUAUCAACAUAUUUUGUAUGAAAGGAGAAGCGAGUGAGUUUGAAUACUUAUAAGUUUAAGGCUUCUUUCGAGAAAACAAACAAUACGGAGAAGCUAUAUAGAUGUUCGUGGACGAUUACGGGUUAAACGGCUGAAUUCAUCAGCAAAUAAACAGUCGCCAACUAAUUCGCACCAUAAAAAGAUAUUAUUAAAUUUUAAAUUGACCUUUGGAAUAAUGCAGAAACGGAAAUGAUGACUUCUCUCUAAGCAUUUUUAAAUGAGUGACCUCAGUGUCUGAUGAGCUUCUCAGUAUUGGCUACACUUGACGAAACGUACUAACUCGGUAAAUGGAAACGUCCUGAGGCAUUGUAUAAUUUCGGGAUGAUUUCCAACGUUUGUUUUAUUCCUACAUGUAUAUGCGUUCACUGAGGGAUGUAUUCGGCAUUGUAUUCAUGGAUUUAGUUGUACAUGCCUUGGGAUUUUAUUUGAAAUGCCAUACCAGAUGCUAAUCGCUUUUGUAUUUGUAUGGAUGAAUAUUGUUGCCUCAUGUGAUUCUUUGGCUACAAUCACUAGAUGUAUUGCUUUAUUUAGUAUUUUAUACGUUGUAACAUGCUAUCAUCUGAAAAAAUAACUGCGUGUAACUAAUAGAUGAAUUUAUAAUUAUUUAAAUAAAUGUGUAAUUGUC